AUGAGCUCGACCCCACGUGCGAAGCCGGCUGGCAACCAAAGUUCAGGAUGCCAAACUUGCAAGCAUAGACACCUCAAAUGCGACGAAGGCCAGCCUCGCUGCCAAAAGUGCGUGAAGUCGAACCGAAUAUGCUCAUACUCAUCCGAGGGCUCUAGUGCCUCAUCCACGAAAUUUGUCGUCUAUUCCGUCCCAAGAGCUAUGACAAGCACGCCUGAUCUGGUCUACUCGGAGAAACAGUCUUUGCACUACUUUCGCUCCCGGGCUGCCUUGCAGAUCACGGCGCCCUACCAGUCAGAGCUGUGGACCGAGUGCAUUUUUCAGGUGGCCGACAAGCACAGCUUCGUCAUGUCGGCUCUGGUUGCCCUGAGCAGCAUGCACGAGUCAUAUACCUAUCAGUCUGGAGCUCGCGAUCGUCUCCAGGCCGAUGCUAGCCGGCAUUAUGGCAAAGCUGUCCAGCAUAUAAGCAGAACCGCUCAAGCAGACUUGUCUAUCGAGGCUGUUCUUGUCUCCUGUCUUCUCUUCUACAGCAUUGAAAGCCUCCGUGGCUAUUUCUGUCACGCGUUACAACAUGCUUACGCAGGCAUUAAGAUCAUUGGCGACAACAGACCACCAUCAUCACCACGUUCGCCGAGAUCAUCUGCUUUGGACGAUGCCCUCUCUCAAGCCUUUCUCGCGCUACAGAACCAAGUCAAGGAGUUCGACUAUUUAGCAUUGAGAGCGUACGAUACUAACAAAGGCUUCGAUCCUCCCAUGAACAAUCAUUUUGCCACGGUCGAGGAGGGCAUGCACCAUCUCGAGAUUGUUUACAACGAAAUCUUCUGCUUCACCCACUACUGCCAAUACCUCCAGGAGUCCAGCCAAUCCUUGAGCGAGCUCUACCCAACCCAGAUCGCGCCUCGAUAUGAAAAGGUCAUGGCCAGAUACAAUCACUGGUCACAUGGCGUAAGCCAGAUGGGCAUGUUGGUCGACGAGAGCCAGCAUACCAAAUCAUAUCAGGGCUACUUGAUUUUGCGGAUCUACGAACUUGUUUUCAAAGCCAUGCUUCGCAGCCUGCACACUGCCGAGUGUUUCAACACCUACGACCCGGACAUCGCCAGCGCCUUGGAGCUAACAGAGUUGUUCUUGAACAGCCAGGAUCCUACAGACGGUAGCCAAUGCACCUUCUCUGUCUCGAUCGGAGUAAUCCCCAUGCUGUUCGCUCUCACCUGGCGCUGCAACAAUGCCUUGAUCCGAGAUAAAGCCCUGGAUCUCCUGCGACGGAACAGGAGGCGCGAGGGUCUGUGGGAUAGCCACGUCGUCGUACAGCUCGCCGAACGGGUGAUUGGGCUGAAGAACUUGCUGGCGGCUGGCGGCUCUGACAAGUCCAGCGCGAUGCUACAGAUCGCCCACAUCGAGUUCAUCUCGGAGACGAUCUGCAAUAUGACCUGCAUCUACCUCGGCCCAGAGGUAGAUGUCAAGCAAAACCUGAUGCCACUCGAAGGAGUCAUUGGGGAACGCAGGCACGUUGAGACCAUUCAGAUGGCAGUGGCUUAG